GCUAAUUUUUUGUAUUUUUAGUAGAUACAGGGUUUCACCAUAUUGGCCAGGCUGGUCUCGAUCUCCUGACCUCAGGUGAUCCACCCACCUUGGCCUUCCAAAGCGCUGGGAUUAUUGGCAUGAGCCACCGCACCCGGCCCUGAAAUUUUUUAAUCAUUCACUUUUCUUUGUAGUUUUGCAGCAUGUGUUUCUAUUCCUAUACAACGUAUUUAUGAAUCCAUAUUGUAUGUAUUCUACAACUUCCUUUUUUCCAGUUAUUCCUGAGAUUGAGCCAUGUCGAUUGACUAUAGCUUUCAUUCAUUCAUUUUGUUUGACUAUACAACACUAGGCAUUGUUUGACUAUAUAUUGCAAAUCACUUACUCUUCUAAUAACGGACAUUUGGAUUGCUUCCAAGUUUUUAUUAUUAUGUAAAUGAUACUGGCCAGGCGCAGUGGCUCACACCUGUAAUCCCAGCACUUUGGGAGGCAGAGGCAGGCAGAUCACAAGGUCAGGAGUUCAAGACCAGCCUGGCCAACAUUAUGAAAUCCUGUCGCUACUAAAAAUACAAAAAUUAGCCAGACAUGGUGGCAUGCACCUGUAAUCCCAGCUACUCGGGAGGCUGAGGAAAUAGAAUGGCCUGAACCCAGGAGGCGGAGGUUGCAGUGAGCCGAGGUCAUGCCGCUGCACUCCAGCCUGGGCAACAGAGCAAUACUCAGUCUUGGGAAAAAAAAAUGAUGUUACUGUGAAAUUCUUAUAUCAGUUUCCUGGUACACAUAUAUAAGAUUUUCUCUGAGGAAUAUACCUAAUAGUAGAAUUGCAAGAUCAGAGGAUAUAAGCAUAUUUAAUUUUACUAGGUAAUGCCAGACUGUGUUCCAAAGCGGUUGUAUCAGUUUACACUUAUACGAGCAGGAUAUAAGAGUUGCUCUUUCUGUAAUCCUUCCUUUCCAACACUUGUUGCAGUCAUACUUUAUAGCUUUUGUGAAUCUGCAGAGUGUAAAGUGGUAGGUCAUUGUGGUUUUAAUUUUUAUUUCCAGGAUUACUGUUAAGGUUGAGCAACUUCUCAUAUGUGUUCUUCUGUUUUUCUCUUUGUAAAGAAUGUGUUCAAGUCUUUUGCUUGACUUGAUAGUCCACUUUUCUAGCUGUUGCUUUUUUGUGUAUGGAUGUACCUAUACAACACUUCACUGAGGUUUUAAAUAUUUUAGCCAUUAUAUUUUUCACUUCUGUAAGUAAAAUUUUUUUUCAAAUAUGCCUGAACAGUUAAAAAAAUAUUUUGCAGCUUUUGAUUUCAGAAUAUUGUUUCUUUCCAUUUUAUUAUGGUAAUUUUAAAAUGUAAAAGAACUGUGCAAUGGACCAGGCGCAGUGGCUCACACCUGUAAUCCCAGCACUUUGGGAGGCCGAGACAGGAGCAUCACUUCAGGCUAGGAGUUUGAGACCAGCCUGGGAAACAUAGUGAGACCUCAUUUCUUCAAAGAAAUUUUUAAAAUUAGCCAGGGGUAGUGAUGUGUGCCUAUAGUCCCAGCUCUUCAGGAGGCUAAGGUGGGAGAAUUGCUUGAGCCUAGGAGUUUGAGGCUGCAGUGAGCUCUGAUUGUACCACUGCAUGGGUCAACUGUGCAGUUCCACUUAAGACACAGCUUUUUUUUUCAAAAAAUAAACUGGAAAAAUUUUGGAGAUUUCCUACAGUUUGCAAAACAGAUGAACUACAUAGCCUAGGAAUAUUGAAAACAAUGCUCACCUGGGCCCCGUGGCCAGCGGAAUUGGCCCCGCUCUGUGGCUGCCAGGGCCUGCGCACUGGAAUCGCCGUGGCCUGUGCACCCCACCAUGCCAGUUUGAACCUCCAUGGCCUCAACCAGAUUCAGAAUGUCAAAACACAGAGUGUCUAUUUGAUGAAUUUGAGGAAAUCGGGAACUUUGGGCCACCCAGGCUCUGUAGAUGAGACCACCUAUGAAAGACUAGCAGAGGAAUCACUGGACUCUUUAGCAGAGUUUUUUGAAGACUUUGCAGACAAGCCAUACACGAUUGAGGACUAUGAUGUUUCCUUUGGGAGUGGUGUCUUAACUGGUAAACUGGGUGGAGAUCUAGCAACCUACGUGAUCAACAAGCAGACACCAAACAAGCAAAUCUGGUUAUCUUCUCCAUCCAAUGGACUCAAGUGUUACGACUGGACUGAGAAAAACUGGGUGUACUCCCACGAUAGCGUGUCCCUCCAUGAUGUGCUCGCUGCAGAGCUCACUAAAGCCUUAAAAACCAAACCGGACUUGUCUUCCUUGGCUUAUUCUGGAGAAGACGCUUGAUGCCCAGCCCGGUUUUAAGGAUAUUAAAAGCUGUCAGGCCAAGACCCCAGCUUCAUUAUGCAGCUGAGGUCUGUUUUUUGUUUUUCGUUUUUUGUUUUUCAUUCCUGUUUUUGAGGAACAGCUCUGUGGAAAGAACAUGUUGCCUCCUACCUUGCCCAAAAGUUUUGAUUUUUAAUUUCUACAGAAGUUUUUUUGGAUUAAUUAUCUGAUUUCCUCCCUCACAUGAUGUCCUUUAUCUUUUAUAAUGUCUUAUCCCUAUACCUGAAUGUAACAACCUUUAAAAAAGCAAAAUAAUAAGAAGGAAAAGUUCCAGGAGGAGAAAUGAAUUGUCUUCACUCUUCAUUCUUUGAAGGACUUACUGCAAGAAGUACAUGAAGAGCAAGUGGUUAACCUGCUCACUGUUCUGUCUCAAAAUGAGACACAUUAACGGGUAGGCUACAAAUGUUCCCGGGCUUCUUUCAAAGUGGAAGCACUUCUGAGCUAUUUAGCAUUGAAGUGUCGAAAGCAAUUCACAUGGGAAGACAAUUUCUUAUGUGUGCUUUUUAAUGCCAGGGUGUGGCCUGCACUGGGUUGUCCAGGGAGACCUAGUGCUGUUUCUUCCACAUGUUCACGUGUGUGUGUGUGUGUGUGUGUGUGUGUGUGUGUGUGUUUAUUUUUUAUUUUUUCAUUUUAAGGGUUAGUAUGGAAUUAGCUGCUACAAGAAUGCAAAAAACUUCCAAUGACAAGAAAGGAGGAAAAAAAAGCCAUUUCAUGAGCUGAGUGAUGUAGCAUAAUAAACAAAAUCAUGGAGCUGAGGAGGUGCUUUGUAAACGUCAAUGGGCAUAGAAAGGAAAGAGAUACUUGUGUCGAUAAAGAGAGCCUGGUCCUAGACGUAAUUCAGCCACAAAGUAGUUGUCCCUUUGUGGACAAGUUUCCCAAACUCCCUGAGCCUCUGCUUUCCCAUCUGUUAAAUGAGGGGAUAGAAUAUGGUUGAUUUCCAGCAUUCAGUGGUCCUGUCAAGCAGCCUAACAGGCUAGCUCUAAUUCCCAUUGGGUAGAUGAGGGGAUGACAAAGAACAAUUUGUAAGCUAUAUAGAAAACAUUGUUAUUGGUGUUGCCCUAUCAGGAUUUCAGUUGAAUUCAUGUUAAAAUUAUAGCCAUCCUUUAUUGUACGCUUAUUGGGGUAAGCCUAUUAUACCAUAUUACCUCAUUUUAAUUUUUACUGACCUGCACUUUAUACAUGAAGCAACAAGACUCCAGGACAUUAAAACUCACACAAAGUUAUGCUCAUGUUAUAUUAUUUUCUUAGUUAAAGAAGGAUUUAUUAGUGACAAGUUUGUAUUACUAUGUAGCAAAGGCUUUUCCAAUGGGUGAAUAGAAACACAUUCCAUUAUAGUAAAAAAAAAAAAAAAGAAAAAAGUCAAGCUGGGAGAAGUGGCAUAUACCUAUAGUCCCAGCUACUCAGGAGGCUGAGGCAGGAGGAUUGCUUGAAACCAGGAAUUGGAGAUCAGCCUGGGCAACAUAGCAAGAUCCUAUCUCUUAGAAAAAGAAAAAAAAACUCUUAAUAAUGAAACAGUAUAAAUGGAAGCUAACUAAGUAAAAUAUUUUCUUUCUCCUGAAAUGAAAUUAUUUUUUGAGUCUGAUGGAAGUGUUUAAGUGCAGUAGGUCAGUGCCAGUGAGAAAAAAAUAAAUAAAAUCAUACAAAAAAAUAUUGAAAAAAUUAAGAAAAAGGUAUAUCAUGAAUACAUAAAAUAUAUGUAGACACUAGUCUAUUUUAUCAUUUACUACUAUAAGAUAUAUACAAAUCUAUUACGAAUGAUUAAAAUUUAUGCACACACUUACAGACCAUAUAUGGUACCAUUCACAGUCCAGAGAAGUGUAAACAAAAGUAAUAAUGCAAUAUUAAAUCAUAACUGUCCUUGCGAUAGUUUACUCAGAAUGAUGGUUUCCAGCUUCAUCCAUGUCCCUACAAAGGACAUGAACUCAUCAUUUUUUAUGGAAGGAUAAAAAACCAAACACCGCAUGUUCUCACUCAUAGGUGGGAAUUGAACAAUGAGAGCACAUGGACACAGGAAGGGGAGCAUCACACACGGGGACCUGUUGUGGGGUGGGGGGAGUGGGGAGGGAUAGCAUUAGGAGAUAUACCUAAUGUAAAUGACAAGUUAAUGGGUGCAGCACACCAACAUGGCACAUGUAUACAUAUGUAACAAACCUGCACGUUGUGCACAUGUACCCUAGAACUUAAAGUAUAAUUUAAAAAAUCAUAACUGCAUAAAAUCACUGUAGUGCCUACUGUACUACUGUAAUAAUUUUGUAGCCACAUCCUGUUUCUCUGGCAGUAAGCUCAAGUGUUGCAAGUACCGCUUAGGAUGCCUAUCAUUUCCAUGAGCAGUUUGUCUCUCCAGUAAAUUGUGUAUUGUAAUAAAAAAUUAUCUCUAGCAGUUCUCACAUAUUUUUUAUUGUGUUUAGUGCAGUACUGUAGUAAACCUUGCAUAACACCAUGGGAUCCAUAUGAAGUGAUGUUUCAAGUGCUCCCAAGAAGCAAAGAAAAGUCAUGACGUUACAAGAAAAAGUUGAAUUGCUUGAUACGUACUAUAGAUCAAGGUUUGCCAUUGUGGUUGCCUGCCAUUUCAAGAUAAAUUAAUCCAGUAAGGAGUGUUGUAAAAAAAGAAAAGAAAAUUUGUGAAGCCAUCACUGUAGCUACGUUAGCAGGCAUGAAAACCUUACACUUUUUGUGAAAUACCUUUUUAUCUCAUAAUGAAAAUGUAGCGUUUAUGUAGGUGCAAGGUUGCUAUAAGACAUACUUACAGGCUGGGCACAGCAGCUCAUGCCUGUAAUCCUAGCACUUUGGGAGGCCGAGGCGGGUGGAUCACCUUAGAUCGAGAAUUCAAGACCAGCCUGACCAAUAUGGUGAAACCCUCAUCUCUACUAAAAAUACAAAAAUUAGCUGGGCGUCGUGGCGUGAGCCUGUAGUCCCAGCUACUCGGGAGGCUGAGACAGGAGAAUUGCUUGAUCCCAGAAGGCGGAGGUUGCAGUGAGCUGAGAUCACACUACUGCACUCCAGCCUGGGCAACAGAGCAAGACUCCAUCCCCCCCUCCCCCAAAAAAAAGAGACAUAUAUUAUGAUUUGAGAAAAAGCAAACUCAUUAUAUAACAAAGCAAAAGGAAAGUGAAGGAUCUACAGCUAGAGAAUUAAAUUCUGGCAAAAAAGGGUUUGAUAAUUUUUGAAAGAGCUUUGGCUUUAAAAAUGUUAACACGAGAAGCAGCUUCUGCCAACCAAGAGGCAGCAGACAAGUUCCCAGGUGCCACUGAGGAGAAAGGAUACCUGCCUGAACACGUUUUUUAGUGCAGAAGAAAGUACCUUUCUGGAAAAAAAAAAAAAAAAAACUGCCACAAAGGACAUUUAUUAGUUAAAUUUCAGGUAGUUGAAAGUUAUACAUGGAUUUUUAACUGUGUUAGGGAGGGGGCUCAGCAUCCCUAACCCCUGCAUUGUUCAAGGGUCAGCUGUAUUUGAGUUCUGACAUAUUUGUCCAUUUAUAGAUUCGUCUUACCAUUCAUCAGUAGAUCUUUUUGUUUUUUUGAGAUGGAGUCUUGCUCUGUUGCCUAGGCUGGAGUACAAUGGUGUGAUCUCUGCUCAUU